AUUUUUCAUGACUGAGAAAACAGAAAGAAAGAAAGAAGAUGCAGUUGUAAAUGGGUGCGGGGUGCUGUGGUUGCAGGUUGCAGUAAAAAAAUGGCAUCACCGGUGAAGUCAUCUCGAUCGAGAGCACCACUCCCAUCUAGCGGAGUCAUCCCAACUGAUGAUGAUGGGGAUACUCUGGAUAUCAGUACCGGUGACGCUGCAAUGCAGCAAGCGCUCAGCGACAAGCUCAAGAUCUUCAAGGGCACUAACUUCGACCCAGAUUCCUACCUCACUUCCAAAUGCCAGACCAUGAGCGAGAAGGAAAUUAGGCAUUUGUGCUCUCACCUUUUAGAUCUAAAGAAGGCUUCUGCAGAGGAAUUGCGUAAAAGUGUUUAUGCUAAUUAUUCAGCCUUCAUACGCACCUCCAAGGAGAUUUCAGAUCUUGAAGGAGAGCUUCUUUCCAUAAGGAAUCUGAUGUCUACUCAGGCAGCACUAAUUCAUGGCUUAGCUGAAGGAGUUCACAUUAACUCUUUGUCUACUGAUUCUGAAGAUUUAAGACCAGAGGAGUUAUCUAGUUUCGAGCAUAAAGAACCUUCCAAGGUAGAGAAAUGGGCAGCAGAAUUUCGUGAUACACUUGAAGUUUUGUUAGCUGAGAGGAGGGUAGAUGAAGCUUUGACCAUUCUUGAUGAAGGAGAAUGCAGAGCUGAAGAUGCAGAGGAGAGGAAAACAUUGACACCUGCCGCACUUUUAUCAUUACAUAAUGCCAUCACAGAACAAAGGCAAAAGCUGGCUGAUCAACUAGCUGAAGCUGCUUCCCAACCUUCUACUCGUGGUAGUGAACUCCGGUCAGCUGUUUUAUCUUUGAAAAAGCUUGGGGAUGGUCCCCGUGCACACACUUUGCUACUUAAUUCUCACAACCAGAGGCUUCAGUAUAAUCUGCAAAGCCUUCGUCCAUCAAGCACCUCAUAUGGAGGAGCCUUUACUGCUGCACUAUCACAAAUAGUUUUUUCUGCCAUUGCCCAAGCAGCAAGUGAUUCCUCAGCCGUAUUUGGUGAGGAACCAGCCUAUAAUUCUCAACUUGUGACUUGGUCAAUAAAGCAAACAGAGGUGUUUGCAUUUCUUGUGAAGAGACAUGCAUUAUCUGCAUCCGCAGCUGCUGGAGGCCUAAGAGUUGCUGCUGAGUGCGUUCAAAUAGCAUUGGGUCAUUGUUCUCUGUUGGAAGCCCGGGGUCUGGCCCUUUGCCCUGUACUCUUGAAGCUCUUCAGGCCUAGUAUUGAGCAGGCUCUACAUGCCAAUCUGAAAAGAAUCGAAGAAAGCAGUGCUGCACUAGCUGUUGCAGAUGAUUGGGUACUCACAUAUCCUCCAGUUGGUACGCGUUCCUCUGGUUCCCAGCCUAAGCUUUCAAGCAGUGCCCACCGCUUCAAUUCAAUGGUUCAGGAAUUCUUUGAAGAUGUUGGACCACUCCUGAGCAUGCAGUUGGCUGGUCCCACAUUGGAAGGCUUGCUGAGAGUAUUCAACUCCUAUGUCGACUUACUGAUAAGUGCAUUACCCAGUUCAAUGGAGGAGGAAGAGAACAUGGAGGGUUCUGGCAAUAAAAUUGUUAGGACUGCUGAGACUGAAGAUCAGCAGAUUGCUUUGUUAGCAAAUGCAUCUUUAUUAGCAGAAGAGCUCCUCCCGCGUGCUGCAAUGAAGCUUUCCCCAGUGAACCAAUCUGGUGGGAAUGACGAUCCUUCCAAAAGAAAUUCAGAAAGACAAAACCGUCUUCCAGAGCAAAGGGAAUGGAAGAGGCGGCUUCAACGAUCUGUUGACAGGUUGCGAGAUAUUUUCUGUCGACAGCAUGCCCUUGAUCUCAUCUUCACAGAAGAUGGUGGUACCUAUCUGAGUGCUCAAAUGUACAUAAACAUGGAUGGAAAAGCUGAAGAACCAGAAUGGUUUCCCUCUCCAAUAUUUCAGGAACUUCUCUUAAAAGUCAGUAGGAUGGCAAGUGCUGCUGCGGAAAUGUUUGCUGGCAGGGAAAGGUUUGCAACUCUUCUACUGAUGAGACUCACAGAGACUGUCAUUCUCUGGCUUUCAGAUGACCAAGCCUUCUGGGAAGAGAUUGAGGCAGGUCCAAAACCUUUGGGCGCCCGUGGGCUUCAACAGUUUUAUUUGGACAUGGAGUUUGUGACACUUUUUUCAUCCCAAGGCCGCUGCUUAUCUCGUAAUCUGCACCAAGUAAUCAAAGACAUCACUGCAAGAGCUAUGGAUGCAUUUGCUGCCACAGGAAUGGAUCCAUACAGUGUAUUGCCUGAGGAUGAGUGGUUUGCUGAUGUUGCUCAAAUAGCUCUGAAGAUGUUGUCCGGAAAAGCUACGUUUGGCACUGGGGAUCGGGAUGUUGAAAGCCCAACGGCUUCCAUAUCGGCACAAUCCAACGGCUACACAGAAUGAAUCUCAGGAGCUUAGGAAAAUUAAUUCUGUGGUCUGAUAUCCAAGUUGUAAAUUUUGUAUUCUGAUCAUCCCUAUGUUGUAUAUCAUUCAUUGAGUACUGUUCGUUGAUGGGAUUGAUUAUUUUUUUGUAGCUCAGGUUCUUUUCCUUGCUGAAAAUAAACACCUUGCC